AUGGUAACAAUAGUUAAACUAGCACAAAGCGAUCGUCUGGAGAAAAGGCUUGCAGAACAAGCUAGCAAGGUAGCAAGAAGGAUACGGGGGCUAAAAGGAAGAAGGAGGUAUGCCGUACUUGCUGGAGAAUACAACCUCUUCGUGCUUGAUGGAGAAGCAGAAUCGUAUUCUGAAAUUGAGCAGCAACUAUCCACUGAAUCUCCACAGCCAACAACAAUCCCCGAAACAAGUAGACCUACCACAGCACACAUCAACAAAGGCAAAAAAGUUCACGAGGUAUCACCACGACAGGUAAAACGAAAGCUAGCACACUGUAAGAGCUCUGCAGAGCAAGCGCUUUGGUUUUGUGAAUCAUUCGGUCUUCAGCCAGAAUUUUUAGAGCUACGCAAACAGACAGGAUCUCCCAUCAAAUUCAAUUUUUUAUCUAGCCCAUCUCACAAGCCACAACAUCAAACGCCAGCUCUUUCACCAAACGAUUCUGCGAGGGUACAGCAAGCUCUUUAUGUACUUGACAGGUUUGCUGUGAGUGACGAAGCUUAUCAUGAAUUGAGCGUCGCAUCUGAUUUACCACCACUGUACCGAAUCAAGGAUGCUCGCCUCUCAAUUAACAACUCUCUCGACAUCCGACAUCUCGAAGGUCCUUAUCCUGGUGCUUAUAGACCACCGAAAGCUGCAAUCCAGGAAGAGCUAGCUAAGAUCGUUCAUUCAGGGAAAGCUAUCACCCAACCAGUAAAAGUAAAACUCAGUGGUGACGGAGCCAGAUUCACAAGAUCAUCCAAUAUCAUACUUCUCUCAUUUGCAUUUCCAGAAAUUCAAGACAAUGUUUUAUCAGGCAUGGGCAAUCAUACAUUUGCUGGCCUAAAAGCCGAAGAGUCGUAUGAAACAAUUAGUUCAGGACUAUCUGAGGUAUUGAAGGAGUUGAACGACAUCAUUUCACACCCACUACUCACUGUUGAUGAAACAGAGUACCGCCUUGAGUUUUUCCUGGGUAGUGAUUACAAGUUUCUUUUACUGAGUAUGGGCCUCAACAAAGCAACCUCUAUGUACGCUUGUGUCUGGUGUACCAUCAAGAAGGAUGAAAGGUGGGAUAUGUCAAAGGAUAGGGCUGACUACACCAUAACAAAUGCAAGAACAUUGAGUUCCCUACAAGCAAAAGGCGCACUUCCCAGCAGUAAACCAGCAAGUGUACGACUAGGAUCAAUUACAACACCACUACUGAACAUAGAGCCAGACCAUAUAAUACCCGAUGAGCUACACCUACUCCUACGUAUAGCUGACGUUUUAACAAGAAAUCUCAUUCUAGAGAUAGUGGCAUCUGCUAAACAAGACAGACAAGGAAACGCACAUAUACUCACUCACCUACAAACACUACAGACGAUCGUUAAAGACUGUGGUAUCACGUUCAGGGUAUGGGAAGCAAGGGGUCCAGAUGGCAAAGCUUCUGGACAUUACGAAUGGACAUCACUGCAGGGGAACGACACCAAGAAGUUUCUGGAACGUCUCCCAGUGAGGUUUGCUGACCUACUGAAGGAAGAAAUGCAAGCUAAAAUGGCCCAACUUUGGACAGAAUUUCUCUCUUUGUAUAAGAUGGUUUCUAGCUGGACUCCACCUCCCAGUGAAGUGGUUGAGCAAAAGGCGAAAGACUGGAUAAGGCUUUUCUUGAGCUUGAAGCACAAGUGUCAAGGGUUUCAGGAAAAGAAUAUUACGCCCUAUAUGCACACACUGGUCUUUCACUUCCCUUACUUUAUUUCAAAAUACGGAAAUGUCAAGAUGUUUAGUGGACAAGGGGUGGAGAAAAAUAAUGAUGACGCCAAGAGACACUACUUCUCCAGUAAUCUGCAUGACCCAGUGGGGGAGGUUCUGAAAGCUGAAGCGAGAAUAGACGAGACAUCACAAUUUAAGCGAAAGAAACGAAAGUACAUACGAAAAACUCCAUUAGAUUUAGUAGACAUGAACAAACAGCCACGACUUGACUCUGAAUCAUGAUUAAUUCUACCCAACAUAAUA